GGAAUAUGAGGAAGAGGAGGAAGAUGAAGAGGAGGAAGAGGAUGAGGGAGGAGGAAGAGAGGAGGGAGUUAGUUUAUUAGCUCUACCUGUGUCUGUCCGGUAGGCGGUGAUAUACCGGAGGUGUUACCGGGUGUGUGUGUGUGUGUGUGUGCGUGUGUGCGUGUGUGUGCGUGUUGGAGGAGGAGCCGCUCGGACAUUGAGAGUAAAUGACGUCAUCCUCCGGGUCGCCGAGCAGUGAAACAAACAUGGCGACAGACUGCAGCGGGCAGCACCGGUACAUCCUCCCGGUGGAGGGUUUCCUGCUGCUCUGCUGCCUGUGGAGCGCGCUGCACGGCGGAGCACGAGCCGAGACGGUACCGGUACCGGCGGCAGGGUCCGGUGGUCGGAGCGGCGGCGGCAGUCAGGUGCUCGGGAUGCGGCUGGAGAGGAGCGACAAACCGGCUGCAACCAAUGACGACGGUGUCAUCCAGGUGACCGAGGAGAGCUCCGUGACGCUCCGGUUCUACGGGCUGCAGCUGCACUCCGGUACCGGGAACCAGAUCCGCUUCACCGAGCUGACUGAUGAAGAGGAGGAGGAGGAGGAGGAUGCAGUGGUGCACGGCAGCAGCGGCAUGAUGGAUGCACCUCCUCUCUCUCCAUCAGACAGGACAUGCAUUGACUUCACUAAAGACAUCACCGUCGGUUCCUUCAUGAACGUGAGCCGCCGCGGUACCACCGGGCUGCUCACCGUGCACGUGAAGCCGCUGCGUAAAAGCGAGCCGCACAAGGAGUACCACCUGUGCACGCGGUACCUGAGCAGCAGGUGGAUGCAGCUGGGUGGAGGUGGAGACUCUGAUGGUAGGAUUGUGGUUGUGGAGGAGAAGAAGUCUCUGCUGCCCCUCUGGCUGCAGGGCAUCGUGAUCUCCUGCCUGCUGGUUCUGAGCGGGAUGUUCAGCGGACUGAAUCUGGGCCUGAUGGCGCUGGACCCGAUGGAGCUGCGCAUCGUGCAGAGCUGCGGCACCGAGAAGGAGAAGAAAUACGCACGCAAGAUCGAACCCAUCCGCCGCAAAGGGAACUACCUGCUGUGCUCUCUGUUGCUAGGCAACGUCCUGGUGAACACCACGCUCACCAUCCUCCUGGAUGACCUCAUCGGUUCUGGUAUAGGAGCAGUAGUGGCCUCCACUGUCGGGAUCGUGAUCUUUGGAGAGAUCGUUCCUCAGGCGCUGUGCUCGCGUCAUGGACUCGCUGUUGGAGCCGACACCAUCAUGGUCACCAAGUUCUUCAUGUUCCUCACCUUCCCGGUGUCCUUCCCGGUGAGCAAGCUGCUGGACGUGCUGCUGGGUCAGGAGAUCGGUACCGUGUACAACCGGGAGAAGCUGGUCGGGAUGCUCAAGGUCACGGAGCCCUACAAUGACCUUGUGAAGGAGGAGCUCAACAUGAUCCAAGGUGCGCUGGAGCUGCGCACUAAGACCGUGGAGGACGUCCAGACCCCCAUCGGAGACUGCUUCAUGAUCCAGGCCGACGCGGUUCUGGACUUCAACACCAUGUCUGAGAUCAUGGAGAGCGGGUACACGCGCAUCCCGGUGUACGACGACGAGAGGUCCAACAUCGUGGACAUCCUGUACGUGAAGGACUUGGCCUUCGUGGACCCGGACGACUGCACCACCCUGAAGACCAUCACCAAGUUCUACAACCACCCAGUCCACUUCGUGUUCCACGACACCAAGCUGGACGCCAUGCUGGAGGAGUUCAAGAAAGGUAAAUCCCACCUGGCCAUCGUCCAGAAGGUGAACAACGAGGGCGAGGGUGAUCCGUUCUACGAGGUGCUGGGAUUGGUCACGCUGGAGGACGUCAUCGAGGAGAUCAUCAAGUCAGAGAUCCUGGAUGAGUCCGACCUCUACACCGACAACAGGAACAGGAAGAAGGUGGAUCCCAACAAGAACAAGCCCGACUUCUCGGCCUUCAAGCAGGACGGCGACAGUAAAGUGAAGAUCUCUCCUCAGCUCAUGCUGGCGGCUCAUCGCUUCCUCGCUACAGAGGUGACCCUGUUCAGCCCGUUCCAGAUCACAGAGAAAGUCCUGCUGAGGGUCCUCAGACAUCCGGACGUCAUCCAGGAACUCAAGUUCAACGAAAGUGACAAACGCUCGCAGCAGCACUUCCUGUACCAGAAAGGCAAACCGGUCGACUACUUCAUCCUCAUCCUGCAGGGACGGGUGGAGGUGGAAGCAGGAAACGAAAACAUGAAGUUUGAGACCGGCCCGUUCUCCUACUACGGAGUCAUGGCUCUGGGCUCGCCGUCAGUGGCCGUCACCCCUCCUCUCUCCCCAUCAGUGGCGUCCUCCCCUCCACGACGCCUCUCUCUUAAGAGGUUUUCUCUGUUCUCUCGUUUCCCAGAGUUUCGUUCUCCGACACACGGGGGCAACCUCAACCGCUCGGCGUCUCUGAGCUGCACCGAGCGCGUUCCAGAAAACGUCUCCGUGGGCGGCAGCGUCACUCAGAUCCCGGGAACCCCGUUCCAGUACAUACCGGACUUCUGCGUACGAGCUCUCACAGACCUGCAGUAUGUCAAGAUCUCUCGUGCUCACUACCAGAAUGGCCUCCUGGCAUCCCGGCUGGACAGCACGCCGCAGUCUCCGGAAGGCAGCCACACUCGUCUGGACACGUCUGUCUCUUUGCCCCCCGUGACGCCACCGGGGACCCGCGCUCCGCUGCCGCUGGCCACGCCUCCUGUGAAGCGCCCGCUGUCCAUCACUCAGCCGCCGCUGAGCAGCCGCGCCGCUCUGCCCCAAUCCACCUCCUCGUCCUCCGGCCGCAGACCGAGCCUGUGUCUGCCCCAAGCCACCCCGCCUCCGAGCAACCACAACCUGACGUCGACCUUUAACCCCCACCCGACGCUUCCCUCCUCCCUCCCCAAGCUCCAGCAGUCGCCGCCGUCUGCCGUCCCGGAGAACGGGCCGGGAGAGACCGCCACUCUGCUCAGUGAGCAGCAGAACUGCGUGGGCCCUCGCCGGUCCAGCUACACCCAACCACACGUCCACACCAUCAGUCACGCACACACUGAGAGCACCAUCUAACUCAAAGUCCCUGAAGGGGGAACUAAACUACUGAGCACUCACCCACUCACACAACACACACUCGCACUACUUCCUGUUUGCUCGUUGUCUCCUGAACUCGUCUGUAGACGUCUGCUGAGCAUCAGCACUUCAUGUGUGUUUUGUAAACGGAGAUCCUCUUUAAUCCCGUCCUGCAUGCCCCCCCGACACUGAACCAGAUCCUGAACGGACUACAAAGAUGGCCGAAGGAACACUAGUGAGUGUGAAUGGAAACGUGAGUUUUUAAAGGAUCAGUUUACAAAAAGAGUUGCAGAUGUUUUUGGUUUUGAGAUUUCUGCCUUCAGCUCAGUGAAAUAUUAACUCAGCAGCAGCAGCGUGUCUUUACAGAAACAAUCAACCGUUUCUGUGGAUCAUCUACAGACCUCACUGUCUUCAUUACACGGAGGAACUCAUCUGUACGACCACGGUGGGGUCUGUGGAUUAUCCAGAACAACUGGUUUCUGGAAAGGCUCGUUGCUGUUCGAGUGAAAUUAAGUUGAGCUCGAUCUGUUGAAUCGUGUAGGAGGAGUUUCAAAAAUGUGCGAUAGGACCCGAAAGAUGUUGACGAGAGGUUAACGUCACGCUGCUGUAAAGUGGUAUCGGAGCCGUUUUGCGAGGACGAGUACAUGAGCAUAGUAUCGGGCCCGAUCCCUGAUACCGGGAUCGGGUAUCGGUCCCUAGAUGUAAUUAAACUCAAAUAUAACAGAUAUGUUAUUUCAACAAACAUGUCCCAGAAAGGUUUUAAAAAAUCCCCAAAAAAUCUGCACAUUCGCUGCAGAAUUCCAAGUUUUCAAUAUUUUGAGCAACACAAACUAAAUUUACUUCCUUUUGUAUUUCAGAGGCAGAAAUCUCUAAACUUUUUUUUUUUUUUUUUGUAAUUUAUGUGAACUGACCCUUUAAGUCGUCACCGGUGAGACUUUAACAGAAAACUCACAUUCCCACCCGGCGUGCUCGCCUCUCAGUUUCCAUUCAUUUUUAUUUUUCCAAAGAGUGAAACUUCCAAAAAACUACAAAGUGAAGGUUUUAUUUUCAAUAAGUAUGAUUUUAUUUAUAGAA